AUGGAGAGAGAGCACGAGGUGUUAUCAGAAACGGGUACCAAUUGUAAUAUAGCCUCGGUAUCAGAGACAAUGUCGGAUAUCAAUCAAACCAAAUUGGACACUUUGGAAAAAAAGGCUGUUCAUCUGAGACUUGUUUUGGAAAAAGACUUCAAAGCCGCUGAUUUGAAAUGGAGUUUAUUCGUAGCAGCCGCUUUUAGUUUUCGUUAUGAAAGUUGUCUACGACCUUUUCCUCCGGCUUUUAUGAAAAGUGGCAUCAAAGACAUGGACGAAUUGCUUAGUGUAAUCACUGACGUGCCAGCUUUGGAUUUGGUGCUACAACAAUUGGAUAAUUUGGAAGCGUUGCCAAAUAUCAGUGAUAUCAUCGACUUAUUGUUUUACGUCCUUGUGCGACUUAAAGAACCAACAUUAAAAACAGUACCAACGGAUGUGCACGAACAAAUCUUAGCGAUGGCAAAUACUAUGACGACACCAUCGAAACCGCAACACAUUUUUCAAGUUAUCAGUUCUAACAAAUCUACUGUCGAACUAAAGUGGAAAGAACUGUCCAAAAAUCAUAAUGUAUUUUAUGCGUAUCACGGAAAUCGUUUGGAGAACUUUUAUACGAUUCUCAAUUUUGGUUUACAACAGCAUUUGAACAAGAAUACUUCGCUGGGUAAUGGAGUAUACCUGUCGCCAGAACUAAGUGCGACAAUACCUCACAGUCAUGGAGGCUUCGGAUGGGGGGCGAGUUGUAUCGGAGGUCACUUAUCUUGUGUAGCCUUGUGCGAAGUGGUUGAUGCACCCGAAGGGAUCAAUUACCAAAAGCCAGUCUCCAAUGAAGGUGAUGGACUUUAUAAAGAUGGAAAGACUGAUCAUAUGCGAGUAAAUGGCGAAACACAAGUUACCCAAUAUAUUGUAACUAAUUGUGACUUAGUGAGAAUCCGUUAUCUGUUGGUUUACGCGAAACAACCCGCAUCUUUGAGAUUUCACGCAAGGAAUUCGAAUAGAAAUGGUGGUUUUCGUCAUUGGCUAGCACGUCACAAAUUGCUAUCGAUUCUUCUCGGUUACGGGUUGUUAUUGGCUACCAUUGGCUUUGCCAACAAUCAACCAAUACAAUAUUACUACAAAAUUUUGUUUAAAAAAAUUGACAUGGCUCUAGCUAGUACUAGGGUAUAAAAGUACAAUAGAAUCAUGGACUUGGAAUUGGAUGCCUUUGAUUCAUUAACUGGAUUGGAUUACCUCACGUGCUUAAUUCAUAGUUUUUACAAUAAUUAUGUAUUCACUUUCUAAUCAU